AUGAGGUCCGGUAUAAGCAUGAGAUUCUUGUUGGUUAUUGUAAUGGUGAUGGGUUUGGAGACAGCCAUUGCCGCCGACUUCAACUAUGCUGAUGCUCUGGAUAAGACCUUCAUGUUCUUUGAAGCUCAGAGGUCUGGGAAACUGCCAGCCAACCAGAGGGUCAAGUGGCGCGCUGAUUCUGGCCUAAACGACGGAUUUCUUCAAGGGGUGAACUUGGUAGGAGGAUACUAUGAUGCAGGAGAUCAUGUAAAGUUGGAUUGCCAAUGGCAUUACUGUCACAAUGAUGGCAUGGGGAACUAUGAAUACAGAAACCAUAUAAUCAAUUUAAGCCAAAUGCAACAGGCUCUUUGGGCUAUCAGAUGGGGCACUGAUUACUUUCUCAAAUCACAUACUCAACCCAAUGUUCUAUGGGGACAGGUUGGGGAUGGAGACUCGGAUCACUAUUGCUGGGAGCGAGCGGAGGACAUGACAACUCCAAGGACGGCUUACAAGUUAGACGAGGAGCAUCCGGGUUCUGACCUUGCAGGAGAAACUGCUGCUGCCAUGGCUGCUGCUGCCAUAGCUUUCAAACCAUACAACUCUUCCUAUUCUCAGCUCCUCUUACUUCAUGCCAAACAGCUGUUCUCAUUUGCUGAUAGAUUUAGAGGACUAUAUGAUGAUUCCAUCCAGUGUGCAACGGAGUUCUAUACCUCAUCUGGAUAUUUUCUCGCUUGUCCAGAUGCUCAAAUUCAACCUCAAGAGCUACUCAGUUUCUCCAAGUCACAGGCUGAUUACAUGCUUGGUAAGAAUCCUCAGUCCAUGAGUUACUUAAUCGGAUAUGGACCAAAAUACCCAAUUCAUGUUCACCACAGAGGUUCUUCGAUUGCUUCUAUAUUCGCACUCCAUUCUUCAGUUGGCUGUGUGCAAGGAUUCGAAGCAUGGUAUCGUAGAUCUGAAGAAAAUCCGAAUGUUUUAUACGGAGCUCUUGUUGGAGGUCCCGAUCAGAAUGAUAACUUCAACGAUGACCGGUCGAAUUAUGAACAGACUGAGCCAACACUUUCGGGCAGCUCUCCUCUCAUAGGUCUUUUUGCUAAGCUGCACUCUGUUUCUGGAGAAGUAGUAGUUAACAGAACAAGAAAUCUAACAGAGUUACUUCAUGAUAUGUUUGCAGAUGAAGAACCAAUUCAGUUCUUGCACUCAAUAACAAGUUCAUGGACGAUCGGAUCGACGACUUACUUCCGGCACAAGGUAAUAAUAAAGAACACAUCAGAGAAGCCAAUUAAUGAUCUUAAGCUGGUGAUCGAAAAUCUAUCUGGGUCUCUGUGGGGUUUGUCUCCAACUCAAGAAAAGAACACUUAUGAGCUUCCCCAGUGGUUCAAGGUUCUGAGCCCUGGCUCGGAGUGCAGUUUUGUCUACGUUCAAGGUGGACCUCAAGCUAAGGUUUCAAUUUUGAGCUAUCACUGA